UGGAAGGUGAAACUGAUCAUGGCCGUGCUGGGUCCUGUGCCACCAAGAAACACUGGACGUAAGAGCGCGCGGAGGAGCGGCGGCUCCGCCACUGACUGAUGGACACAUAACAGACACGGUUCAUUUAAACCCGACAUCAGGAGAACACUAACAGUCAUCUGGAGUAGAAAUCGCUUUAAAUCUGAUAUCGACAUUCUCAGGAUCUUUCGGUGCGACAGAAUUAAUCCACCAUGGGGGAGCAGCCUAUCUACAGCACGAGGGCACAUGUCUUCCAGAUCGACCCCAAUACCAAGAAGAACUGGGUGCCCACCAGCAAGCAUGCCGUCACCGUCUCCUACUUCUAUGACAGCACCAGGAACGUGUACAGGAUCAUCAGUCUGGAUGGGUCAAAGGCUAUAAUAAACAGCACUAUCACUCCAAACAUGACCUUCACCAAGACGUCACAGAAGUUUGGACAGUGGGCAGACAGCCGUGCCAACACAGUGUACGGUUUGGGGUUCUCCUCAGAGCAUCAUCUGUUUAAGUUUGCAGAAAAGUUUGCAGAGUAUAAGGAAGCGGCACGUUUAGCCAAGGAGAAGUCUCUGGAAAAGAUGGAGCUGGCGAGCUCUCCCUCUCAGGAAUCACCUGCUGACAUCCACUCACCCCUGACCCCUCCCGUCUCCGCCGACCUCUGCCGAAUCAACGGCACAGGUGACGAUGUCACCCUAUCAGAUGCAUCACCAAAUUCAGAGCUCCAGUCGGAUCUGUCCCCAACCACCCCAACCACCCUUGCACACAGUCCGACCACUACCAAGCACUGGGAGGCAGAACUAGCAGCGCUGAAGAGCAACAAUGCCAAACUGACGGCGGCGCUGCUGGAGUCCACAGCCAAUGUCAAGCAGUGGAAACAGCAGCUGGCUGCUUAUCAGGAGGAGGCUGAGAGGCUUCAUAAAAGGGUGUCCGAACUGGAAAGUCAAAGUAGUCAAGCCAAUGCCAUCAAGUGUCAAAAAACAGAGCUGAACAAAACCAUAGAGGAGUUGGAGACCACACUGAAGGUCAAAGAAGAGGAAAUGGAACGUCUUAGAGAGGAAGUGGAAAAAGCUAAACAGCUUCAGUCAGAGAAAGCUACUCUUGAACAGAAACUUGAGGCUACAGAUACACGGAACAAGGAACUGGAGGAGCAGCUAGCCGACAUAGAGCAGCGUCUGGAGACGAGCCAGGUGGAGCAGGAAAACUUCCGCAAGAGCCUCAAAACACUGCUGGACAUCCUGGACACCAAGAUCUUUGAGCUGACAGAGAUGAGGGACAACCUGGCCAAACUUAUAGAGGACAGCUAGAACACGUUGCCUUCACCUCUGCUUUAAAAAAACACUUGCAGACUCCAGGGUACACAGUGAUGAGAAGAAAAUGCACAGCUUCUCAGCCUUGUUGUGUACCAACUCUCAAAGCCUUCCUGAAUGAAGGACUCCUAUUAUAUACUUACUUCUAUGGUAUGAUAAUCAUUUGGUUGCACUUGAAUUUGUACUUUUUAGGUGGAUUAUAUUUCUUUAGUGCCACUGCUAACUACUAGAUGAUAUCUCCCAUAUAUAUCGCUCCCAUUCUUUCCUUGCUGCUUUCAUUGUUUUCCUUAAUUGUACACAGGUAGUAAUCCUAGAGAAAGUAGACAGCCUACAAAGUUGAAUUCGGCUGCAUGUAGGCUGUUCCUGUUUUUAAGGUGCUGGUUUUGCAUGCCUGGUUAUUGGCAUUAAAGGACAUAUACUAUGCUGCUGAGGACACUAAAGUCAAUCACUUCAACUGGAUCACUGGAUUGUCUGUUCCGAGCCAUAUAUUGUAGCCAGACCUGGUCGGCUUGCCUCAACACCUUCAAGGAAACUGCCUCAGAUAUUCAGGAUAUUCUACCUUUGACUUCCUGAUCAGAACAGAACCACAUUGGGUUUUCACAGAACACUUAGAUGCAGAUGUGGCAUAUUGGCCUGUAAUGUACAAUGAGCAAUAUUAGAGACAGUUUGUAUGUCACCUCAGCAUAUCUAUCAGGUAUUCCAACUCUGGACUAAUCUGUGGACUAAUGUGGUUUAGUAGAUGUACCCCCAUAGACCAGUAAUAGUGCUGUUUGAUAGUUUGGGCCUUAUUUUUUCUGAACUGAAUAGUUCAUUCAAUAAGAAAUAUUCUCUAUUUGGUUGCAUUACCAAAUGCAGUGUGCUUACCCUACUGACUAAAAUAUGUGUUAUUGAGAAAUGUAUAUGCUGAUGGAAAAUACAUAAAGCAUAAAGCACUGUCAAUAUGAUUGUAUUUAUA